CCACACAGUGGUCCUAUCCACAAGGAAACUGUUAAGUGAGACGGUGUGUGUAGACUGCUUUCUAGGUAUUCCAAGGCUGGCAGAGUAGACAGUAAGAGAGUUGCCUGGCCAGUGUGGGGCAGAUGUCUCCUAAGCUGAGGCUAAAUUCUUGAGCCCAUAUUCCUGUAGGCUUACCUGGUCUACUCCAGCAGCGUGGCCGCUGGCGCCCAGAGUGGUAUUGAAGAGUGUAAAUACCAGUUUGCUUGGGACCGUUGGAAUUGCCCCGAGAGAGCUUUACAGCUGUCCAGCCAUGGUGGACUUCGGAGCGCUAACCGGGAGACAGCAUUUGUGCACGCCAUCAGCUCUGCUGGGGUUAUGUACACCCUGACUAGAAACUGCAGCCUCGGAGACUUUGACAACUGUGGCUGUGAUGACUCCCGAAAUGGACAACUGGGGGGCCAAGGUUGGCUCUGGGGAGGCUGCAGUGACAACGUGGGCUUCGGAGAGGCAAUUUCCAAGCAGUUUGUGGAUGCCCUCGAGACAGGACAAGAUGCCCGGGCAGCCAUGAAUCUGCACAACAAUGAGGCUGGCCGCAAGGCGGUCAAGGGCACUAUGAAACGCACGUGUAAGUGCCACGGUGUGUCCGGCAGCUGCACCACGCAGACUUGCUGGUUGCAACUGCCAGAGUUCCGGGAGGUAGGCGCGCACUUGAAGGAGAAGUAUCACGCGGCGCUCAAGGUGGACCUGCUGCAGGGCGCGGGCAACAGCGCGGCGGGCCGCGGCGCCAUCGCCGACACCUUCCGCUCCAUCUCCACACGCGAGCUGGUGCAUCUGGAGGACUCCCCAGACUACUGCCUGGAAAACAAGACCCUGGGGCUGCUAGGCACCGAGGGCCGAGAGUGUCUGCGGCGCGGGCGCGCCCUGGGUCGCUGGGAGCGCCGCAGUUGUCGCCGACUGUGCGGGGACUGCGGGCUAGCGGUGGAGGAGCGCCGCGCCGAGACAGUGUCCAGCUGCAACUGCAAGUUUCACUGGUGCUGCGCGGUCCGCUGCGAGCAGUGCCGCCGGCGGGUCACCAAGUACUUCUGCAGCCGCGCAGAGCGGCCGCUCAGAGGCGCUGCGCACAAACCCGGGAAGAACCCCUAAGGGUAUCUAUCCCUUCUGCCUCCACCCCUGUUCGUCCUCGGCUUCCUUUAGAGACCCCGGAAAUAGAGGAACCCAGAAUGGGGGACCUCGCACUCCCUAGCCCAGAGAUUCUGACAGGAGGAGGCCGCAGUCUCUACCGAGUGACACUUUGUAGCUCACUCGUAGGUCUCAAAACUGUUAUAAAAUUCUGCAAGAUGUUCCUGAGAAGAGGAUGAAAACAGGCGAGUCUCCUCACCCCACUCUACCCUACUUCGGACCCCAAUGGUCGCCCAAUGCUGGACCUAGCUUAUCAGGCCUAGGAAGGGCCCCUCUCAGAUAUUCAGGGUACAGGGAAAGACGCGGCCCUUCUCUUGCUCACCAUAGCUUCACCUCCCUCCAGUGAGCCAGAGCCUCUAGGCCUAGACUCCCCGCUGUUGAUUAUUCAAGAAUCUUAACACUUUGUCUUCUCAUUUCCCUACUAUUUCUGGAAAGAAAAACAAAAAACCACAACCAAAUCAAAACAACAACCAAACAAAAACAGAAAGAAAGAAAAAGGGAAGAAGUAAGCCUUUGAAUAAGGGGUAAGAGGUAACCCCAGAGUCAAACUUGCACACCAAAUGUUACUCCUCUGUGACAUCAUGUCACUGGCAGACUUCAGCUAAGCAGUGACCUUCCUAAACACCAAAGAUACUCCAGUCACACCCAAGGGGUCUCGGAGUGGUAGAGGUCUGUAGUAGGCAGGUUGGCAAUCAUUUUCUGAUUACUUUGUAUCAUAGCAGCGUCUAACUUUGUCUCCUUCUCCGCGGGAGCUUUGAUCUUCUGAGCCAAGACAGGCAAAUCAAGGUUUUUGGAUCUGUGCCUCUUAAGGAAGGGCAUAGGAAGGAGAAACCAGACCCUAAUACCUGGUUCUCAAAUAGGCAGGGUUCAGAACAUCUGCCAGAUGCGUUCUUUGAUAAGUAAACCUUCACCGGCUCCACCCCCACACUCUGAAACUGUUGCUAAGAGGAUGUUCAGAGCCUUAACCUAUUUAAUUUAUUGCAGUCUGAUAUAUGUCCCUUCUCCCAGGUCCUGACCUCGCUGAUUGCUGAGAGGGAAGCACAGCAGAAAUGUACCCUCUAAGCUCUCUCCUCCCUCCCACUCUGGCAGGGUACCAUCUUCUCCCUGUAGUUGACUGCCUAAGUAGCUAGUUUGAUUUGACUGAGGUUAAUCUGCCAAGGAUUAGUAAAUCACCCACAUAAACCUUCCGCUAAUGCAUUCACUUGGAAGCCCAGAGCUCUCAGCGCCGCUUCUGAGUUUCUUCCUUGGGCAGUCUGGCAGGGUCUUGUUUAUGAAAUGGGUAUUGGGAGAACUGAAGAGCAAGCUCAGCCCAGACCUUCCCCAUAGCUGCUCCUUGCCCUAGGUAAGACCUGGGUGUGGGUAUCCACAGCACUUUUGAAGCAGAGACGUUCAAAUUCUAUACUUUCUUCCUCUUCUGCUGCAAGUACAGAGCUGAGCUCACAAUGCCAAAGCCACAGUGACUACCCCGGAAGAGUGAAAGGCCCCUGACAUUCGGAAGGACAGUGGCCUCGUUAAACCUCUGGGCAUCUUCUGGUCCUAUUAAAACUUUCUGGGAGGCAGUUUUUCCUGGUAUUAGCAGGGGACAUACUUCCCUUCCCUUUGGGGUCUUUUGCUACUUCACUUCCAGCUGUGAGCAAUUCUUACCUGUGCCUUCUGAGCCUCCUCAGCUCUCCUUUUUCCCAAUCUUUCAGCAGUGCGUGUUAAUCCCAGGUCUUACUGGACAGUUACUUGAUAAGUGUACAGAAGAAAACCCAGCAAUGCAACUGAAAACUAUAAGGGUUCCACAUGGGAGCGUGAAGCUGCAUUUUUCCAGGGCUCUCAGCAGAAACAUGGAAGCAUCAUGCUUCUGUGUUCAGAACUUUAAAGUCAGACUCCAAAUGCCUCCUCCGGCUUGUCAUUUCUUCCAUAGAUUAUACUUUGUAUCACCAAAUGGGUAUGAGUGACUCCCAGUUCAUCCCAGUUCUACAGAGAACCUCCUCCCCAUUGCACUACGCCUUCAUGCCUUUGUUCAAGCUAUACACACUGGAGUGGAGACAGCUAACAACACACAAGCAUCCCUCAGUUCAUGGCUUCAAGUCCUACACUAACUCACUGAGACUGUGCAGACAACUCUAGAGAUGCUGACUGCUGACUGGGAAGAUUAGACACCUCUGAGGUCAGCUAGUCAAACUUAAAAAACAAAAACAAAAAACCCCACACAUCUAAAUUGAUGUUGAGAAAAACGGUGGCCCAGCAACCCAGACCCCUUCCCUCCUCUUGUGGGCUCUUAAGGAGCCCAUCUGUCUCAGUCUGAGGACAGAAGGGGGGGGGGUCCUGAGAAGUGACAAGAACUCUGGGUAGGGUGAGCAAAACCCUGUCUCCUUCCUGCCCCUGGCUGGUGAGCCUGCACACAAGCAGGGCUUUCUUUUCUUUAAAAGAAUCCCACCCUCACUUGGCCUCAGGAGCAGGUCAGUGUGGAGAGAGAAAGGCUCCUCCUUGGCACGCUGGUAGCGCUGGUGGUGGUGGGAGGGAGGGCAGGCCAGGGCACUCGCCUAUUGUGGGUCUGGAUUGGAUGCUUCCACUCAUUCAUUUCCUUUUAAUUAACCCACAUUCCUGGAGGAGAAAUAUUUAUGUUGGCUCCCAUAGAGGCAACCCUCAGACUGGAAAGAAGGGGGAAGAAAGCCUGUCUUAGCAAAACAAUAUCUCUAAAGAGCUCAAGAAGAGAAAAUAGGGGAACAAAAUGCCAUUAAAACAGCCUUCUACCCCCGCCCGGAGUCAAUGAAAACUUCAUUUCACAUGUUAAUCCGCCACUCCGCCCCUUCUCUUCUCACAACACCUUUUCGGAAAGUGUUUGGGAAAAGUCUUGGCAGUCAGUACACAGCUCCCUGCAGCUCAGACUUCUCCUUGUGUUAGUUCAGGGCCCCGAGUGGGGCUCUCGCUCCAGCAGCGG